GUCAUAGCCGGCGGGUAGAAGAGCAGGCACUAGCGGUUCGGCGGCGGCAAGAGAAGAGGAGGGGCGCCCGGAGAAGAGCGCCAACGGCCGCGGAAGAGGCCAGAAGACGGCGCGCUCAAAAAAGAAGACAUCGCCGGCUGUGUGCGUGAAGGAACAGGCGGCGUCGUUGGCGGCAGAAGAAUGCGGCAGAGGACAGGACCACUGCUGUAGCCUCUUCCACCGGAUCAGAUCAUGCUGUAAAAUCCAUGCAGUGGUUUCAAAGUUGUCAUAGUCCAAAGUACAUGAGGUUCUGCAUUUUUCUAUUUUCUAAUCCACUUUCUCAUCCCCUGGAUGUGGAAUUUCAGAGAAAGACCUAUAUAUGGCCUCUCAAACAAAUCCCUUAAAUGUACACCUACAUGACACCGUACAGAUCAACAUCCUGCCUUCCAGUCAGCACAAUACUGAGCCUAGGUGGGAUGGCCCCCCUUCUGCACCGUAUUGGAAUUUUCCGCAUGCUGAUGUCCUACAGGAUGUACCACCUGCAACUGCUGAAAGGAGUGAGUCAACAGUUUUUCACCAAAUCUUUCUGAGGGCAAAACCCAGAUCACGAGGGUUUUUUCAGAUCUUUGUGGCGCACUCUCAGCUUGCUCUUGGGAUUGUCCUCAACUUUGUUGGUGGCAGGAAUUUGACGUGGCUCAGUUAUAUCAUUUUUUGGGGACCACCAAUUUUGAUCAUUUCAGGAUUUCUGGCUGUUGCGGCUCAAGCUGUACCCUCUUUCAAGCUGGUCACAGCUUCCGUCACAUUGCACUCCAUCAGCAUCACAAUUUCUUUACUUGGGUUUGCCUUAAGCUUUGUGGAUGUGUUUAGAAUAUAUCCAUGUGGCUUUAACUGUCAAUAUGGUAAUAUGGGAACACUAGCUAUUAUUUCAAUUCUUCUGAUGACAAACAUGUUGCAGUUAAGUAUUUCCAGCUAUAUUGUAGUCUUUGGAAGGAGAGCUCUCAAACACCAUUCGGAGAAUCCACCACAGAUCAGCACAGAUCAAAAUCCUGGUAUUGUUUCUUCAGAGCCUCCAGCAUAUUCUGAAAUCUCAGCAAAUUUUUCUCAGUCACCAGCCUUUCCUCAACCACCAGACUUUCCUCAACCACCAGACUUUCCUCAACCUCCAGACUUUCCUCAACCUCCACCAUUUUCUCAGUCACCAGACUUUCAUCAACCACUAGACUUUCCUCCACCACCAGCGUUUUCUCAGUCACCAGACUUUCCUAAACCUCCAGCCUUUUAUUGGAAUCCAGCCUUUAAUGAAACAGCAGAUACUUCUCAACCACCGCCUUACUCUGAAUAAUACAUAUCAGCAGAAGUAGGCAGAAAAGGUUGCCAAUGGGCUGAAUGAAUCUUGAAGGUGUAAGCCAAGAACUAAAAACUCUCAAUUCCUACUGUACCUAGAGUACAUCUUUGUAGAGAAAGAGCAACAACCAAUGGCAGCAGGGCAUUGCUCCAUGUUCUAACAUUCACUAAAAGAUGGCUGGUGACAUUUUGCCGUUUGCUGCAUUUUAUCAAAACUUGCAGAGAGAUAAGGUGGAGAGAGAUAAACUACUGAUCAAUCACCUCCUGUCAUAUUACAGGCUGUGUUUGAAAAAUGAGUUAUGAGCUGAUAUUGGUUUAGUUUAUCUCUAUCACUUUAUCUCUUUCCAAGCUUUAAGAAAUCUCCCCAUUUAUCCCUCUCACAUUAGUAGAGAUGUAUAAACCUGGCGAGAUAUACAUUAGAGAAGUUGCCCAAAGUAACCAAUCAGCUUCUGUCAUUUAAUAGACUGUGCUAGAUAAGCUGAUUGAUUAAUUGGGGCAACUUAUUCACUUUAUUCUUCUUCAAGGCAUGAUGCAUCCCACCCUAAGAUUAGAGGCACAGUUAUUUUACUCUAUUACAUUCAUUUCUGUAUUAGUCCAUAGUAAAUGUAACUGUCAACUCUGCAGCUUCUUGAAUCACUACGGUAUGUUGCUUUUGAAGUACUAAGGUGGUCAUUCCGAGUUGUUCGCUCGCAAGCUGCUUUUAGCAGCUUUGCACACGCUAAGCCGCCGCCUACUGGGAGUGAAUCUUAGCAUAGUAAAAUUGCGAACGAAAGAUUAGAAGAAUUGCGAAUAGACACUUCUUAGCAGUUUCUGAGUAGCUCCACACUUACUCGGCAUCUGCGAUCAGUUCAGAGCUUGUCGUUCCUGUUUUGACGUCACAAACACUCCCAGCGUUCGCCCAGACACUCCCGCGUUUUCCCCAGAAACGGCAGCGUUUUUUCACACACACCCAUAAAACGGCCAGUUUCCGCCCAGAAAAACCCACUUCCUGUCAAUCACAUUACGAUCACCAGAACGAAGAAAAAACCUCGUAAUGCCGUGAGUAAAAUACCUAACUGCAUAGCAAAUUUACUUGGCGCAGUCGCAGUGCGAACAUUGCGCAUGCGCAAUUAGCGGAAAAUCGCUGCGAUGCGAAGAAAAUUACAGAGCGAACAACUCGGAAUGAGGGCCUAAGAUGCCACUUUCCACCUCCCAACACACAAUAAUUUCCAUGGUCAUGGCCACCAAUGGUGGUGUCUCUGGCUCCAGUUCACUGCUGUUCUUCUAUGAAGAGUGAAAUGAAGCAGGACAUAUUUCCCAAUUGCCCAGCCUAAGGAAACUGUCUGGCCUACAAUAUGUCUAUAUCAUUGGAAGGAGUGUUUCUAUGCAAAUAUUAUUAACCCUCAUCACAAAAUGUCAAAUUCUACAGUUCCUGGCAUCUUCUUAAGGAUUAAAAGAUAUCAAGCCAA